UUCUCUCUGACUCAAAACUCAAUAUGUCGGUAUACAUGAUGGGAGUAGUCAGGUGUCGGAUAGGUGGGUAGUGUACUGGUUGUGGGACUUUCUUAUAAGGGUUCAGGUGGUGGUAACUAUUUGUUGAUAAAUAAAGUGUGCACAUUACAAAGAAUGGCAAACAAACUAAGCGGGGAUGUCAAAGAUACUUCAGAUUUACAGAAGGAAAUGUGCAUGAGUUCACUGAAAAGAGCAUUAGAUGAUGUAGAAUAUAAUUCUUGUGGAGCCGAACCAUUGAGAAAGAAGACCCGGUUACCUAUUUUAAAAAGGCACAUACGGAGCAGCACAAAUGGUAAAAAAGCCAAAGUAGGUGCCCGUACUCACUGCAGAUUACAGAGUAAUAAGAAACAUUUUCAAAAAGCUCCUCCAAAUCAUUCAUCAAAUGGAUUGUCAUGUACUGCAACCUCACAAGGUUCUGAUAAUGAACAUAAAACAGAUGAAUCUAGUGAUCUUGCCAUUAAAAAGAAGCGAGCAAAGCGUUCAGCAGAUUCAGAUUCCUUGCCAAAUCACACAACAGAGGAAUCAGAUAUAAAAAAGCGUAAGGUUGACCAAACAGCCACAGAAACAGAAUCAGAAAAUUGUCAGGAUUCCGCCAAACCAUCUAAUGAACAGAAUACAUCAGAGGCAACAUGCAGUACAUCACAGCGCACAGAAUCUCCAAAAUUGGUUGCGCGUUUGUGUGGAAUUGCAGAUUAUAUGAGAGUACAGCAGAAUUACACUUUUCGGAAGAAUGUUGCUUUUGCAAGAAAAAUUUUCGUGUAUUCAAGUGAUGGAUCUGAAUAUGAUUAUGAUAACAAUGGUACUGGUGAUAAUGAUGAUGAUGAUGGUGAUCUGUAUGAUGACGAUGAUGGGGAUCUCUAUGACGACGACGAUGAUGAUGAUGAUGUUGACAAUGAUGAUGAUGACGAUGAUGAUUAUGAAGAUGUUGAUCCUGAUGCAGAAGUUGUUUCAAAACGACUUAAUUUACAGAUUGCUGAUUUCUUCAAACUGCACCGAAACCGUGAACCUAGUGCACUGAACGCAUCAAAGCCCCAGUCUGGGGAGGUGCGAGCUACUGAGCAACGUCAGACAACUACAUUUGGAAUAGGCUUGUUCUAUGACCCAACAUUGCCUGGGGGUUCUGGUGCUGCUGCUGCUGCUGCUGCUGCAGCAGCUGCAGCAGUAGCAGCAGGAUUCGAACAUGAUGAGAAUGGCAAUGAUGCUGAAGAAUUUGAUAGAGCAAGUGCUGCAUCAAACAAUUUGAAGCAUGGGAUUCCUUGGUGAAUAUUUUUUUUUUCAAGGAAUGAUCAAACAUGACACUUAAAUUAUGAGUAUUAUGUAAAAUGUGCAUGUUCCUAAGUAAUCAAUCAGUUUGAUGUUUAUACGAAUUUAAAUUGUGGAAAGAAAAAGAAUAUAUGUGUUAUAUCGCAAUUUAUUUUUAUUGAAUUUUAAUUUUAGUUUUUAUAUUUUAUUAUUCCCUGGCUUAUAAAUACUCUGCAACAGAUAUCGCACCGACACUGUCUUUUUGUUGCGUGGUGCUCAGUGGAGGUGCUACUUUUGUACUUUCAUUAAAGUGUAAAAGAUUAUGGUUAAGUUAUAAAACUUGCCGUCCAUGCAUAAUUUUCUGUAUGCUGACUGAUUGUUUUAUAUUUUACAUUUUUUUCUUUCCCUGACUGAACAUUUAGUUGAUAAUUUGUAUUCAGUUUCCAGAUGUUCACAGUUUGAACAUUAAGUUUCCUAUUAUACUAUGGUUCCCAAUGUUCUACUGUUUAUAAUUUAAUAAUGUUAGUUAUGUGAAUUUCUUGACUG